AGUGGAAUCAUCAGUUUUCUUCAAAGGGGGGCCUUCCCAGGACUCCUGAAAAGGUAAAGCCAGCCCUGAGUCCACAUGUGGUCCAAAUCUGGUACAAUGCUGCUGGUGCGUAUUCAGCAAAAGCAACAUCCGGCGGCCAUAAGUAUGGAUCCACGCAGCAUGUAGUUCCAUCAUGUACACCAGUUCCCAACCCCUACAAGCCAGGUUUCAUUUGAUUCAUGACACUAUUUUUACCUAAUGAGCAAAGGAUGUUGAUACCUGGAGGAGGCUAAUUUGAAUGGGUUAAGAGAAUUAUUUUAUUAGCUGCUAUCAAGUUGAUAUCUCCUGCAGGCCAUAUAGAGAACAUUUCUCCAUAAUGAUCCAUCUUGUUCCCAGAUCGUGACGCUUCCUAGCAGCAUAUUCUGUGUAAUAAUUGAGUCCAUCCAUUUUAUUGUUGGCUGACUUCUUUCUUUUUAGCCAUCAGCAGGAUCUUCUCCAUAAUACUGACCAGUUUUCACACCCGUAUGAUGUCAUACCAUAAUCUCUUUUGAUCUUUGAUGUUAGCGAUACAUCGGUACUUUUGAAGAUUUUAUCUACAUCUUUCAUCAUCUGCCAAGUGCUAAUUUGUGACAUAUUUCUCGACGGUCUGAUCUUUUGUUGUUGAUAAUGUGCAGACUGUUGAUCCCUCUACACUAAAGUGAUCUGCUGAUCCUGUGGUUAUACUGUAACUUUAGUUUUUGUCACAUUUAGCCAUAGUCUCAUCAAGCAGAUCUUCCAACUUACAGGGAAAAACUUGGGGGUUGGUGGCAGGAUUGACUCUCCAGCCACUGGGAAAAAAAACUCACACUGGUCCAUUCAGACUAGUGUGGCGCUUAGGUAUCACCCACCUCAUGCCUGCAUUCAGAUUCUCAUCCCUAAGGUGGUUUGUUGUGCAGUGGAUGCGGCAACACACUGUAACCAGUGCAUGCUCUUUACACACUGUAAUCAGUGCAUGCUCCUUACACACUGUAAUCAGAGCAUGCUCCUUACACACUGUAAUCAGAGCAUGCUCCUUACACACUGUAAUCAGAGCUUGCUCCUUACACACUGUAAUCAGAGCAUGCUCCUUACCAUCUUCUAUAACAUUUCUAAUACCCAAAUUCAGAUCUUCUUCUGCUGUGUUUGGUGUCAUCAGCCAAUUGAAGGAUGUCAACGUUUCUUCCACUACUCUGAAAUUACAGUUGUCUACUUCCAAUCCAUCUUCUCCCAUUACAUGCUCUCCAUACAAGUUGAAUAGGUUUGGUAAAUAUUAAUUAUUGGACUCUAAUUCAUUUUACCAGACAUGCAUGCAUUUUGAUGAUCUACUAGAAACCAUGUAUUCUUAGCAGAAUAACGUUGUAUUAAUUUGCUGAAAAUUGAUCAUGCAUCAUCGUAAUCAUCAUAAAAUUGUAAUGUUUAUUUUACAGAGUCUUGCAUUGGAACAGAAAACACGUAAACGUGGUCAGUUUUGUAACUUCCCGGUGGUGUCUCAUGAGGAGGAAGUGCCACGGUUUCAAAGACAAAGACCAAAAAUGCUGGCAUUUCCCAGACCCGCUGCGAAGCGACGGCUGCGCCGACUCCAGCUCGUCAGGUAUUCUAAUUUCCCUCCUUAUAAGCCUUCUCCACUGAGAAAAGAUAUUAUUGGUGUAAAUGUCAGGUUGUCUUAAUGUUAUGAAAGGGAAGGGGGAUUUCAUAACACAAUAAUGAUUAAAUUUCAGGCUGUUUGAAGUGCUGUCUAACCACAGUAAAAUUUUAAAUAUUCAGUACCUGUUCGAAGUAGCCAUUUAUCAGCCCUAGGAGAUGAUUUAGAAAUUUACAAAAGUUUAAGGGUUUAUUUGUGUAAGUUAUUCUCCCAGAAUUUUUGAUUGUGUGCUGCCAAGCGAGUGCCACGUUCACAGAAAAGUCGAUCUUCCAUGCUUGUUAGCUCUUGUUGCCUGCAGCGAUUGUUUAUGAUAAUGACACUGUUUUUUUAGCUAACAGGCAUCAUGCUGAAGAUGUACACACUGCAUCCAGAGUUAAAGCAGCUCAGGACCCAGUGUUUGUCCACUACUGCAUUGCUCAACAUCCCAGACCGCAGAGAUGCCUACAAACGUUGCUUCCUUCGUCUUCUCACCUCCUUCACCAUCAGUCUGGCCUUUAGUGUCCUCCUCUUCCUCAGCUUCUUAUCUCUGAAGUACGAGAGGGCGGUGCUGGGGUGUGUCGCGGGCCUGAGCUUGGCUGUUACCACACCUGCCUUAUUCAUUUCCCAGGAUGUUCGCCAUUUCGGGCUCCUCUUUUUGAUCUCCUGUGGCAUGCGGCAAGGGAGGAAUCUGCUCAUAACUGCCGGGACUGGUAUAGUGAUCUUCUGGAAUGUUCAGAACACAUUCAGCAACCUCAAGGAGUUGGCCAGGAGCAUGAUCUGCAACCUGGAGACCAGGCGGAUUCUCAUUGACCUCACACCCAUUAGCAACUAUGUUAAAAUGCUAAAAUGGAUCGGCAAGCAACUCCAGGCAAACCCCCAUUUUGGAAUGGUCGAUUUCAAGACUCAGCUACACGUCUCAUCCAAGGUUGACUCUGAAGGCCUGGAGAAUAUGCUGAAGCAUGCAGAGAAAAUGUUAAAUGCCACAGCAGACCACGUACUUGGUGUAAUGAACACCAUGUCCACCAUAAGCCAGAUAGUAGGUCCAGUCCUUGGUCUCUUUCUGGUCUUGGUUUUCACAGUAUUGUAUGCAAGGCAGUACCAGCACAACAAAAAGUUUAUGAACACCUUUAUCACCAGCCACUUCAUCGAGUACGAUAGGAGGCAACAAGCUAUGGGACAGAUUUCUGUCCUGCCCCUGACGAAAAAUGAAGCGGCUCUCUACACCACGAUCCCAUCUCUUUGGUUCACCACCAAGGAGUGGAAGGCCAUGCUGAAGUUCAGUCUUCCUAUCCUGACUAACUUCUUAGUCUGGGUUUUAUUUAUGGUCAUCGAUGCUCUUAUCUAUUGGCUGAUUGUUAUCAUCAAAACCCAUCUAGAAAGUUUGGAGCCAUUCAACGUUCCCCUGAAAGUCAGCUCUACUGAAGAAAAAACCAUCAUUGGCAUUAAUUUUCAGGAUAACAGGGAGAGCAGGGAUUUCUCAUAUUCUGUGGCCCUCUUUGAGGAGAAAUGUCUUCCUAAUCCCACUUUGAUGACCUACAACUCCACGGUCCCGCUCUCUGUCAUCCUUGUCGUCUUGGCCUUCCUGGCUCUCCUCUCUGGCAAACUCCAGCAAGUCCGACUCUUGUUAUCGACUAAGCUCUACAGCCAGGCCUCUGACAAAAGGGUACAGUACCUGCACUCGGAAAUAGUCUUGGAUAGGCAGACAGACAGGAAUGCCCAGAAAACUGCUCUGAUGAAACGACUGAGAGAGGCCAGUUUCUGGUUUCCAAUAUUGUUCCAUGAUAAAGACAAGGACAAUUUCUGACUAACCUCACCAGGAUCGAUGCAAUCAAGGCAAGAGUUUUUCUCUCGGAAAAUAUUCAUAAUAUUACUUAUUGAUAUUAAUAUUUUUUAAAAUCUAAUGCAAUAUUUGAAAAGGCUAUUUAAAAUUAAUUCAUGUUUUUAAGCCUGUGAGGCUUGUAGAGUUAAUAAUUCCCCUAAAUGUUCUCCUUUUAUGUUUUGGAAAUAGUAUUAAUUUGGGGAAAUAUAAGUGUAUAAAGAAAAAUGAGGUUUCGAACUGGCGAAUGCUUGUGAUUUACUGUCUGCUUCAAUAGCUGAAUUUUAUCUAUCAACAAACAGAUGUCUAGCUUUCAGGGCCUGGAAUGAGGCAUGCUGGUACAAGGGAAAGGUGUCUGCUGGAUUCUGUGGUACCUUCAGAUCGCCAAAUACACUACAAAGUACACAAUUUGGAAAUUAACACAGGCAGCAGAGUGACAUUGUUAUAGUUACUGAACCAUGAUAUAUGUAAUAACGUCCACCAUGAUUUGCAUUGAGCAACGUCUGAACUGGUAUAGUAAAUGUCAGCUUCAGUGUUAUGAUGCAGUCUGCACUGUGUGCUGCAAAAUCUUCAAAGUCAUGUGCCAUGCUAAAUUAGUUAAUCUAUCAUACUACCAAACCAGUUGCAACCAGUUGACUUCAUUUGACUCACUUUUGCAUGAACUUCCAUUAGGGAUUAUUUUGGUGAUCUCUGCCCUGUUUAAACAGAUACCAUUGUAGUGUAUAAAUCAGCUUCAGAUAUAUUAAACAAACCUUUGAUACAGUGUGGGAGUUCGACGUAGCAUCCAGCAGAGUAGGAGAGCUGGAAUUAAAUAAGUUCUGAGAACUUAUUUACCCACCCAUUGUUUAAAUGAACUCAGGUUGAAAAUAUUUGUGUUCUCCAGACAACGCUGGCCUGCAAGCCGUUUAAAAAACACACGUUUUCAUUUUCCCCUGCAGGUCUGAAGUGUUUGCCUAUGAUCCAUGAAUGUGCUUCUAGAAUUUAAAAAGAAAAAAAAAUGGAACUGGCUUAUUUUCUGUGAAGACGCCGUAUACCUAGUGUUUAUCGCUAUUCGUUUUUCUCACAGCACC